GUUUUGCUGGAUGUCGGGGCUAAGGAACACUGGUCACUUGAGGACCGUGUUCAGGCCCUGGCGGCUAAUAUAGAGUGUUUUCACUCACAUGGCCAGCAUCUAUGCAAAUUUAUUGGAACAAAAGAAAGCGUUUGCAUAAGAAAAGAGUUCAACUCCCACAGGAUUGGUUUGGGACACCAACAUGACCACCGAUUCAUUGUUUUGGGACACCAACAUGGCCGACGUGACGGCAUGUGAAAACACUCUAUAGAGGGAAGACCCUUGAAUCGGAAAAGGGAAGAAGGCACUUAGAGCUUGCAGCCGUGUCUCAGAAAAUAUCCGUACUAUUGAGUGCUCUUGGUUCUUACAAUGCUGUUUUACGGUACCUGAUUGCU